UCGAACUACCUCGGAUAUAACCGGAAGCAUGUGAUUGGUUAGCGGCUUUAUUUCCAACGCUCAUUCGCGCCCUGCAGUACGCACGGUGCACACGACUUUUCUCGCACUACUUUCUUCAGUGUCGUUGACACCGCCAACGACGAAUGGCUUCGUCUAUGAUCCUUCGCUCUACGCUGCCCAGAACCUUUGCUUCCGCAAAUGGACGUAAUUUCCUGCGAUCCGCGUUGCAAGUGAGAGCGACAAGCUCGACUACGCAAUAUGUACCGGGCGGACCUAUCUUGAAGGGCACGGUCAACGACCCUACGGAGUUCCCCCCUCCAUCAAGAACGCAUGGCUCAUAUCACUGGGCAUUUGAGCGCCUUCUUGCUGCCUCCCUUGUUCCCAUGACCACAGCCGCUUUUGUGACCUCUGGGUCAUCUUACCCCGUCCUCGACGGACUGCUUGGUCUCAGCUUGGUGAUGCACUCUCAUAUCGGGUUUGACUCGAUGAUUGUGGACUAUGUACACAAACGCAAAUUCCCUGUCCUUGGCCCUAUCAUGACCUGGACACUGAGAUCGGCCACGGUCGGCGUGCUCGUCGGCGUCUAUCAGUUCAACACAAAUGACAUUGGCUUGACGGAGUUGAUUACAAAGGUCUGGACAGCAUAAGAGUAGACUUCGCGCUACGACAUACUGCCAGAGUGUUCAGAAGACGAUAAAGAACACGAAAAUACUGAGAGUAGUAAAACAUUUUCAAUAUUUUAAGUGGUGACUAGUCCACGCAGAUGACGCAAAUUCAAAUCGUCAAGCUUACCGCGCUUGAACCAUAACCCAAAUUGGUUGUCAGAAGCUCC